AAUGGCCAUCAAAAUCAUCUGGUGCUUGUAACUUGAAUCUUUAUCUGUCACUCAACCUAUUGAGAAGAAUCUGAAUACUAUAGCAGAAUUGUCCCAGGUGUGCAGUGUGCACAAAUUUGACUAUACUUAAGGGUACCCUCAACCCCCCCUCUGUCUCACACCCACUUGGACACGCACAGACGUACUUUUCUGUUGCCUAAUCAUUCCAUGACCCCCACUUUUACCAUAUAGCUUUUGUGUGUGUAAGGCCAGGUUAAUGUUGUCGGGUUCAGUUCUAUCUUUGUCUAGUGCUGAACAAACACCUCCUUCUCACUGUGACCUGCACUGCUCAGUGAUAGAAUGAAAACUGAUUCCUGACGUUGGCAUUACUGGAAUGCGCUCGGUUUGCUUCUCCACCGUGAAGUGUAGUGGGGCCCUCUCGAGACAGACUUGGCUCAACUACCUCUAGGAUUAUUGACCAUUGGCAAAGCCUGUACGUUGCUAUAUAAAACAAAACCCAAAUGUCUGUCUGGAAGGAUAAGCUAGAUACAAUAUGGUUUAUAUUAUGAAGUGCUCUUGACAGCUUCUGGUUCCACUUUGACUACCUCCACCAUCCAAUUAUAAAGAGCUCUUAACCUCUGGUUCCACUUUAAGGGACAUCUUAGAUUAGGCAAAAUAAUCAAUGGCAAAUUAAUGCUUCCCCAAAAUGUUAGGCUCCAGUUUACAUUUGGUAUGUGGUUGUUUUAAGGCUAUUUCGGCUAUUAGAAUUCUUGGUGAUCAUGUGCCCAUCCCACUUGUUGCUGCAUACAGUAAUUUCAUUAUGCAGCUCCAACACGUGUAUCACUUGAUUUAUACCCAUUUCAUUUUUACGUUACAGUAGAUCAAGUGGCUGCGUCUUCCACCUGUUGACGCAAUAGGCUAUAAUUUAACUCAGCCACCGGGAGGAGCUACGCGGAAUCAGCGUAGCUGCCUCAAACGCCAUCUGUCGUCUUCAUCCGUUUGUCAUUUGAACAUGUAAGUAGCCAAACUAUAGAGAUUGUUAAUAGAACAACAAUGUUGACAUCUGAUUGCAUAAUUCAUUAUGAUUUGCCAAAUUUAGUGCACGCUAGGCCUACGGCUGGCGAGUAAGCAGUUUUCAUACGGACAGCUUAUGACAGGUUAUGUUUUGCAAGGAGAUUCGAGAGCUCUCCGAUGUAAAGCGGAUAAUAAUCUCUCACUUUGUUUCUAAUUUUAGUGUCUCCGUCUCUCAGUUCAACCCAUUGUUAGUGUCGUUACAAAUGCAAUUGAUUUUUUUUCUUAUCAUUGCGUUUAGACGAUUGCGUGGGUGUUUUUUUUUUUUUAAAUAAAAUGUUCAAAUGCACAAAUGCCGUGGGGUCUACGCUAUAAGCAUGUCGGUCUAAACACACGCAACGAGUGAAUCAAAUAGAAUAGUUUAUGACACAAAUAGAACAGUUUAUGGGCUCAGUGUUGUUGUUAGUUUGUCUAUGAUCAGAAAAAAAUGUUUGGUAUUUAUGGAAAUAUGGUAUCCUAAAGACAGUGGCCUACGUAGGCUACGUAACGACAUGGGCGGAGGUAUUCGCCAGGGAGGGCUGGAAGAGUGCGUGUACCCCAGCUGCUCAGUGAUUGGUUUGGAUUUGCAAGAGCCUCGCACUUUCUUCAUAUGUUUUGGUUUAAAUGUCUGGCGGCGGAAGAGAUAGAUUAGACCCGUAGACCCUGCUGAAAUUGAGGAAGAUGCGCAAAACGUAGCUAGGCUACUUGAAAAGCUUGUUGUGUGUUGUAAUGUCUUAUUUCAGCUGAAACCAAUCAAGGGAGGUUGUGAGAAACCGCUGUAACAACAUGGUGACGAAAAGGGUCAGGUCGGAAUACAUGAAGAAAUUUAAAGAUCCUAAAUGGGAGACUUAUUCCAGGUGUUAUGAAGAAUUAUUGAAAUAUAGACGGACCCGCAGGCUUUUGGAACAAAGUCACAAUCCAUGGUUUUGGGGAGAUAGUGCAAGUGAUACGAGUGAAUCUGGAAAAUCAACUCCACUACGAAACAAUAAGGUCGAGCCUUUGGCGCUGGAGGAUGGAACGCCACCCAGAUGGUCGAAAGUACCCGAACAGGCGGUGACUGCACCCGAACCCAGGACAGUAGAAAGUCAGGAUGGUCCAGAAUCAUCUGACAGAGAUGGUGAGAAUUCUGUGAUAGAACCAGAAGUGAAGGAGAAGGGGGAGGAGGAGAAGAGUAGAUGUGGAUCUUCACCUGUUCCUGCUGAAGUAGAGCCAGCGGUCCCAGCCAAACCAAAAUCUCGCCAACAUACUUCCAGCAAGUCCACACGACCCAAGAGCCAACCACGCAAAUGCCAGGAGGUUAAGGACACCAAAGACAACAAGGAGAAUAGACAUCCUUUUGCUCUGUAUGGAUGGGGUGAGAGGCAGGCCGACAUGGCAGCAAAAAAGACUCACAAUGUCGGCCCUGCUGCAUCCACCAAAGAGAUCCAUGAGUCUGCCUUACGUGCCAAAACCCGCCGGGAGGUGGAGAAGCAUAUGAGGAAAACGGACAAGCGUAGAGCGCGGUCAGUGGACCUCGAGAAGGUGACCAAAAGCAAAAUUGUCCCAGACUUCGAUCCCUGGAUGACGGAGUACAUGCGCUGCUUUUCUGCCAGGUCUCGGUGAGGGUGGUGGUGGACCCACAUCAAUCUCAGCCUGAAACGACGGAUCGAAUGAUGCAGAUAUUGUCCUCAGUGUGCUAUCAAUAGAUCAGCUUAUAUGUGUUGUCUUUUAUCAGUGAUGUUUUAUAGAACUUGGGCUACU